CGCUACGGUCAAACAGCUCUGGUGAAGGCUGCUGAAGGCGGGCACAGCAAGAUCGUCCAGUACCUCGCUAAGCGCAGCGCUGACGUGAGUGUGGAAGACAAAUACGGAUCUACCGCAAUUAUGGGGGCUGUUAGGCAUGGCCAUAUCGACGUCGUUAGGUACCUUGCUGAAGAAUGCGAGGCCGAUGUGAACACGGACAAAUCCGGCACAACGCCAUUGAUGGAGGCGGUUCGAUUGGGGCAUUUGGGCAUUGUACAGUAUCUCGCGGAAGAG